AUGACCGACGUUGGUGCUAGAGUGGCCAAGACUCGCAACCGUGUGCCAAUUUCGUGCAGCGUUUGCCGGAGACGCAAGAUGAAGUGCGACAAGGCCAAACCACACUGUGGUGGUUGUAUCAGAAACCAGACUGAAGCCCAGUGCAAAUAUAACGACCAACCCUGGACAUAUCUUUCGAAUAAAAUGCAGCUUUCCAAUGAAGUGAUUCGGCUCAAAAUGAAGAUCAACAAGUUGGAAAAAGUCAUUGCUGCCAACAAUCUGAGUGUUGAUGACAGUCUGGAAAACGACAACUUCACACCUAUAUCUUCGGAUGGAUCAUCACCCGAAGUUGACCCUGCCAUAGAGCUCUCUGAGAAAUUCGACACAUUAGUCAUUAAGGAAAACAAAGUGAUGCAUUUUGGGUCCACCAGUUUCAUGGCGAUCUCCAGCAGCGACACCGCUUUGGCACAGAUUUUCAGUAAAUACGGCCAGAAACAUUUGGAAAGGUACCAGGACUACCUGAGACUUACCCAAAGACUCUAUUUACCAGGUGAAAAUACCAGCCAGAGUUUGCAAGAGGAAAGACGGCUGGUGUACGAUGACGUCGACUUUUGCCUUGAACGUGUGACCGACCCUUCUGCCAUUAUUCCCCAACAAAAUGGUAGCGCCAGCAAAGUUGAGGAGUAUCUUACCUCUCUAAAUCAGAUAUUGCCUCAAUUAUCAUCAAUGAAUGCUCUUGUGGACCAUUUUUUCCGCAAGGCUUAUCUCAUGUUUCCCUUUCUGGACGAACAUACCUUCAAAAAGGAUGUCAGUCUGGUGCUUUUCGAAGGUAGCGAUGGCCGUGGCUUUCUACGGGUGGUACAUAUGUGCAAUUUGUGCACAGUUCCGCUUCUGUUAUUGGUUUUGAGAAUCAGCUAUAUGUCCUUGAGCGUUUCUGAUUACGAUAUGCAGACUUCCUCGGUUCAGGACGUACGUCUUGCACGGAUGGUUCGGUCGGGAUUGGCGAUCGGCCCCGAGUUUGUGGAAUUUGCCAAACACUGCGUUUUAAUCACUCCUAGCGAUGACAACGUGAUGAGGAAGAUCACUUUGAAGAACAUCCAAGUUUUGUUGUAUUUACGUUUGUAUCGAUUGCAUUCUCCAGAGGACAUUGACGAGAGUUUCGAUUCCACUAUUAUCCUUUCCAUGUUAAUCCAGAUGGUCCGAAUGCAUGGAUUGUAUCGUGAUCCAUCGAAUUUCACCACAAUCUUGCAAGACGAAAGGAUGCAUGUCAUUUGGAGAAGAAUCUUUUACAAAAUUCUCAGUCUUGAUGCUGCGCAAUCCCUUCACUUUGGAUGUCCUUUGAGCUUUGAGGAGGAGAACUGGGACACCAAGCUCCCCGAACUCUCGAAGGAUGAACAAGAUGUUUACGAAGCUUAUGUUACCGGUGCUCAGGUUUCGUCCACCCCCAAACUCAGAGCCGUCAUAAUGGAUCACCAGGUGAACAAAGACAUAGCCCUUGAGUGGGAAGCAGCGAAGUUGAUGAGGAGGUCUCUCAAGAUCACGCUUUCCAUUCGCAGGGCGCCGAAGAAGUCUCAAUUGACAAAUUGUAUUCGGGAAAUAGAAUUUUUCCUUGAAAAGAAGUUGCCUUCAUUUGCAGAAAUGCUUGAUGGAAAGGGGUUUGCGCCAAAUCCAGGACGGUAUGCACGUGAGAUACCUUCCAACAUGAUUGCAUUCUUUGUGCGAUUAAACCUUUCUGUACUUGUCUAUCUCUUGACUUAUCUGCUGUACAUAUCAUAUGAAAGUGAUAAAGAGGUACAGGAAGAAUAUGCGAUUAAGACACUGGAAAAGUCCCUGAUCAUAUUCAAAGUUGCAAUCGCCUUCAUGGAGUACGUCAACACCGAUGAACUUUCUUGUAUCGAUAUUGACAAGUUUGAUCUACAAAAGGCGUUCUAUAGCGGUUUUGAGAAAUUCUUGUCUUCGACGAUAUUGAUAUCAGGACUGAGAGCACUUCAGUUCGUUUUCUCUGUCAACCUCCGUUUCCAAGACAAGUGUUUCUGUUACGACAAUCUGGUGCGCAACUUUGGCAACAGUGCCGAUACUCUGAGUGUUUUGACUUGGUUCAACCAGGAAAUAUUAGAUGUCGACACCAACAACACCGUUGAUGACAACUUCAACCUGUUGCUAUUCCACUAUCUGAAACUUUUUUACUCACUGUGUCGCACUAUGCAAGAGUCGCUGACGCACUGUUGGAGAAUCUGCAUGAUUUUCAAGUUGUUUUUCAACCAUUUAAAGAAGAAUUACCCCGAAAAGUUUAACGAGAUGAACCGCCGCUACGAUAUUGUUCACAUGAAGUACAAGUCGAUUCACUCGACAUCAUCGCCGGAAACUUUCAAGAAAGCUUCACCCUCAAGCGGAUACAAAAUGGAGCCAACAGAAGUUCCUCCUACUGACGGACCGAAGACAUCGAGUUCUGGAUCACUCGAAUAUGAGGUGUUCCAAACAGAUGAUAUUGGAGACGUCGGCUUCAACGCUGAUGACGACGAAUUUUUUAAGCAGCUAUUCAGUGAGGCGGAUCUGUUCAAUCAAAAUGGAUAUGGGUAUUUUGACUUUACGGCCCUGGAUCAGCAGAAGACAAAACGAGUCAAAAGAGACGUCGGCCCUGCGGUGGCUAUCGAUCCUUCUCUCCGAGAUUCUGGAUUACUCUCGAGACAGGAGAAUGCUUCGGAGAAUACUGUGGAAAAUACUAUCAACCCAUUCGAGACUGUUCCUGGGGGAACACCAAGCCAGCCUUCCGAUCUUUCGAUUUUUGGAAUGGAUGGUAUGUUGAGGGGUGUCUUUUCACCAGAGUCUGUCAUUCGUCCCACUCCCGCGGACUCAUCAGAGAGCAAUGGGCGGCCAUCUGCCUCGACUAUGACUUCAACCUCGACUUCCAAUUAUUCCCCCGAGAAUCCAACCGGGACCACGUUCGUGACUGAGACCGAACUCAAGGACGCCAACGACGUGCAAAUUCAGUCGCCCUCUGAUGGUUUUCAAUUCUCCUUCAUGGGAUCGUAUACUUGA